CUGGCUGCAUAUACUCCUAUUGACAAUCUGGCUGCUACCUUUGGUGUACCACUUCCCCCUGAAGUACAGCCCACUUCUCCCUGCCACCUCCCUCCUCUUCCUCCAUGAUGACAUCUUGCUGGUGAAGAAGUGUUUCACUCAGCUAGUUCCAAUUUCCUCACUGGCACCAUGACAUCAUCGCUACCAUGGAAAUUCCACUCCGCCUCCUCCGCCACCACCUCUGUCCUGGGCCUCCGAGUCCCUAUAAAGAGGGACUCUCAGACCUGGGGCAGCACAGAACACAGCCAGCUUCUGCAGCUUCUGCACCCAGCAUCCUUGAGAAAGCCUCGCCUGCAGCCAGACCAUGAAGUUCAGCGUGACCACCCUCUCUCUUCUCUUGCUGGUGGCUGCCAUCUGCCCUCCAGCUCUGUUGGCACCAAUGGGUUCAGACCCCCCGACUGCCUGCUGCUUCUCCUAUACCCCGAAGAAGCUCCCUCGUCAAUAUGUGGUAGAUUACUUCGAGACCAGCAGCCUGUGCUCCCAGCCAGCUGUGGUAUUCCAGACAAAAAGGGGAAAGCAAGUCUGUGCCAACCCCAGUGAGCCCUGGGUCCAGGAAUACGUGGAGCAGUUGGAGAUGAGUUAAACUAAGCCACCCUGGGCAGGAAGUCUUCAGGGAAGCUUGCCUGAGCCUGGAUGCUUCUCUGUGAAACUCACCUGCUCCACAGUCAUGACAUCUCUCAAGAGUCCCCAACCCUGUUCUUAAUUUAAGCUGCAUCAUGCAUUGUACUAUUAUAUCUAUUAUUUAUGUCUGUUUUGUCCAAGGAUAUGUGUCCCCUAUGGGGAUGGUCCACCACCAAACUUUCUCUGCUGUUGCGGAUCUGUGAAUAAGUAGAUUCUGUGUAUUCUCACAAUAAAACCUCAAACAAUA